AUGUCGCGAACGAACCUCAAGCAACAGCUGAUGAAACAGCAGCUCAUCCAACAGGAGAUGCGCGAAAAGCAGGGGCCGCCGGAGUCCGAGCACCAGCAGAGGCUGUCCCAGUUGUCCCAAUCGGUGCCGCAGUCGCCACACGCCGGCGCCCUACAGCCCCAGCACUCGCUCAACAUUCAACAGUUCCCGGCGCUCAUGACGUCUCACCAACUGUUCCAAAAAGUACAACAAAAUCAUCAACAGAUGCGACAGACGCUGGAGAACCCGACCAACUAUCACGUGCUUCAGUCGCAACAGCAGCAGAAGUCGCCGCACCCACAGCUCAGCCCACACUCGCCACUACAUCCCCAUCCCCUGCACUCGCAGUCGGUGCCCAACGUGCCCUCACAACUGUCGCCCAACUGUCUGCAACCGCACGAUCAUCACCACAACCACAACGCGCUCCACAUCGCAAACACUGGUCAUUCGCUGUCGUCCAGCGCCUUAGGCCCGGGACCGCAGUCGCCGUUCCCGUUGAGUCCCGACAGUCCCCUAUCGGCGCCGCCCAGCUCUGCCUGCUCUACGAGCGAGUUGGACGACGUGUUCGACGUGUUGGGCGGCUUCGACAGCCGCACCGACACCACACAAAUGGACGACGAGUUGGUCGGUGCCAUCGCCGCCACACUACCGGCCGAUAUGAACUACUUUAUGGAUCAACAGCCGACGACACCCACGCACGACAUGUCCUCCUCGUCGUGUCCGCAGCUCACGGACCAGGAGAUGAAGGCCUGGCAGAAGGACCGGCAGAAGAAGGACAACCACAACCAGAUUGAGAGGCGCCGCCGCUAUAACAUCAAUGACCGCAUCAAAGAGUUGGGAACCCUUUUGCCCAAAUCGGAAGACACCAAACACUUCGAUCUCGUCAAAGACAUGAAGCAGAAUAAGGGGACGAUUCUCAAGGCGUCCGUCGAUUACGUGCGGCUCUUGAAGAGGGAAAACAUACGACUGUCGAUCGAAGAGAGACGUUAUAAGGAGAUGGAGAACAACUACAGGUCUCUGCAGAUGCAGAUGCAAGAGCUUCAGCUUCGUAUGGGUGGGUCACCACAACCCCCGCAACAGCAACACAAACAAAACACCUCAAACUGGAAUCAAAUGGUUUGCUAUUAA